AUGCGCAACACCCACAUCGAUUCAAUCCCAACUCUGGUGUGUAUGCUAAUUUUUCACUUGCAUUUGAAAAAUUUGUCUUUAUGGAACAUCAAAACGGAAAAUGACGAGGUUUCCCCCCAAUCACUAAGAGAGUCUCUUCUUGCUGUGCAGGAAACCAUUGAAAGUUAUGGAGGCCCCUCUGCUUCCCCCCAGUUAUCCAACGUUUGUAAUAUUGCCUCCUAUCUUCUUGAAUCGGCAGAUGCCUCCUUUUCCGGUUCAGACAUUCAUUCCUCUAUAAACUCGCUAUGGUACUUGGCCAGAAAUGGUGUGGAGACGACCUCUUCCCUUCUAAGAGGAGAAAAGCCUUGUGAUCGAUAG